GUACCACCGCCCUGCUACUUGCCUCCAUUCUCGUGCUCGCCCGCUGUUCCGGCCGCAAUCAUCCGGCUUGCAUUCACCAAUCUCCCCGCCGCACCCCUCAAAGCCACCUGCAUCACCACCGAGCCCAGGUUUCAGCAAUCUGUGGCAGCACACGCAUCACCACCACUGCCGCUGCGACUACGCCCGCCAUUGCUGCCAGGCGCUCAAAUGAGUGCCCUUCAGAAUCCGCAAUCCACGCCUCCGCGCGCCCCCAGCCCACGCAACUCCUCGGUCCCGCUGCUGAGCGAAACCAAGCCAGCCGACGACAGCAGCGAGCAGUCGGGGCUGCUGGCCAAGGGCAAGCGCAAGAUACUCGCAUUGGGGAAGAAGAAGGAGCCCGAAAAGUCUGCCCCCGGCAAUGCCUCAGACAUGCCUCCUCCUGCCGUCCCAGCCCUCCACGCGGAUCACCUGUCGUCGGCCUCCGCCAUGAGGCCAGUGUCGCCGCUCCACUCUCCUCACGACCAGAGGCCAUCCCCCCGGAGCAGCCCCCGCAUCUACCCUGCGAAUGCAGCAUCACCGAGCCGGCGGUAUCGCUCCUCGUCGCCCGGACUGCAUUCCCCUGCCUCGUCGCAGAUAUUCGAACGUAACGUGCAAGAGAACACAUUAGCCGGCGAGCUGUCUCCAGCAAUUCCGGCUCACAUACAAACCGAGGACCACAUACCGCCGGUGCUAGAGGCUUCGUCGCUGGCCAUUACUGACGACCACCUGAAUCCGGAUGAAGUGGAGAUUGUUAUGCAUUCGGCCCACCAGCCAGCGUCGGCAUCCGUCGUUGGAGGCAUGAGCGAGUCCCUCCACUCACCACUCCAAGACGACUUUUUCAACCACCAAGAUGCCGACGACACGGCCUCGAACUACGGAUCCCUGGACACGACCGACGUUCGCCGUCUGAGCUUCAUCUCCUUUGCAGACGUCGUCCAAGCCGAGCACGCGGAGAACAACCGGGAUGCAACGCAUCUGAUGAGUCUGUCCUCGACAGCUACUAACCGCUCGCCUUCCCCUGUGCGAUCGCCCACGUCGUCCCACGGGUUCAGCGUAUCUCCGCCAACAAGUGGCGCCGCGUCGGUGAAGGGGUUAGAUCUGACGUCCAAGGGUGCCCGAGUCCCUGGAAGCCCGACCACUGCACAGGGUGCUCAAAGCCCGCCCCUCGGCGGAGAAUUGACCAUCGAGACGAUGCGCCAGGCACUGAGGAAGACGGGCAGCGGCGAUCUCAGUGGCGCUCGGAGUCAGCCGAUGAGCGCCGUGAGCCUCGACGACAGCACGUCAGACCUGCCGCCGUUCAAAUAAUUCACACUCUGAUGCUGCGGGGAGCUACGACUGGUAUCUGGACAGGUAUGCAGUUUGUGUUUUUGAGUGCAUACGGGCGAGGAGUUGGGUUCUGGUAGCGAGGAGGCCGGCCACGCCUUGGGUUGACGCGGCAGGGCUUGUAGGGCGGAUGCAGGAGGUCUGUUCACUGUCAUUCCAAUGUGUCAAGCGGCUCUCGGAGGGCAACCAGGAGUGGGCGAAGGGUGAAUUCAGAGGGACGGCGCACGCGGAGGCUGGGCUGACUGCGGGUUUCCUUGUCGGUUCGGGAGUCCUUUGGACGGGCAUUGUAGGUACAGUGCUGUGCACGACUGUAGGGAAGAAAGAAGCAGUUGACCGCUCCAC